CAAAACCAUGUCGGUCUUGCUGGCUGACAUUGAUGCCACUUGUGCGGCCUUGGGUUAUUCUGAUGGGCAACGUUAUCAGGCUGAGCCUGAUGCCAUCCAGGGCUUGAAGCACUUAAUUUGGAUUCUUCGUCGCGAUCUUGACAAUCAUGAAUAUCGCCGUCAUUUGGGCCAUGCCAAAGUUCUGCAAACAGAUUUGGUUUAUAUGUUACCCGAAUAUGUUAAUGAUGAGGAAUUUGCCGAUGUUCUUAUACGUCUGCUGGUCAUCUUAACCAAUCCCACAUUGCUUUUGUAUCGUGAUGGCCCACCCAAAGAUAAUCAUGGACGUAAAGUCUUUAUGGAAUUGAUUGAUAUCUUGCAGGGCUAUAAGAGUGCCUUUACGCGUGAUAAAAUAUGGGCAGCAUUGUUUGGAAAGUUGAAGACAUCUUUGGAAGUGGAUUGGGCUCUGCGCAGCGAGGAGCAAAGUCUCUUAAUUGAACGUAUUUUGGUUUUAAUACGAAACGUGCUUCAAGUGCCCGCAAAUCCGGAGGCUGAGUGUCGGGCCGAUAAUGAUGCCAGCGUUCAUGAUCAGGUCAUUUGGGCUUUACAUCAAUCGGGCAUUUUGGAUUUGGUCCUGUUCAUCAUCUCAUCGCCCGAUGAACAUCAAUUCCAUCUGCAUUGUUUGGAAAUAUUGUGUCUGCUCUAUCGUGAACAGACUGCCGAAAACCUGGCCGAUGCCUCACUGCAGCGUAGUGUCAGUGAAAAACAACGAGACGAACAGGAAUUGCUGGCAGCCAGGCGCCGUGAAAAGCAACGCACCUCAGCCAAACCGCCACCAGGACGACAUUCACGUUUUGGCGGCACGUAUGUAAUACGUAAUCUGAAAUCUGUCUCGGAUCGGGAUAUUAUCUGCCAUCAGCCGUUGGAACGUGUUACGUCGAUUGAUUUCGAUCAUGAAAAGCAACAGCAGAAACGUUCGUUUCGUCACAUACGGGAAGAGGGGCAGGUGACGCGACGCAGUGCCUUUUCGGUGCGUUUAUGCCUUCGCGAAUAUUGCAUUGAAGUUUUGCGCUCAGCCUAUAACACCCUGGUGCGGCAGGUGCGACGUGUAUUGGAACGCAACUCGGGCAGCACAGGCCAUGAUGAUUCGUAUUUGUUGUGGGCCAUACGAUUCUUUAUGGAAUUUAAUCGCCUAAGUGAUAUGAAAUUGGAACUUGUCAGUGAAUCGCUGAGCGUGCAAUGUUUCCACUGGGUCCUGACACGUAUGCAACAUCAUAUGGACAUGAUUGUCAGCGACAAGAAACAAGCUCGUCCCUGGGCCAAACGUUUACAUGUUGCACUACAGACAUUCCGUGAAUUACUCCAUAGCAUGCUGGCAUUGCAGAAACUCAAAGAUGACAAUGCCGCUGCCCUAUUCGAUAUGUUAUUGAACAAUGUCUGCUAUGUCCUGGAGUAUCGGGAGACGAUAUUGCAUUUGUUAAUGAACUACAAUGAGACGCACAGUACCAAAGCCUUUUUACGUGAUGUCGUCGAAACGGCCAAUAUUUUCAUUAAAAUGAUGGAAAAAUUUUGCAAAGAUUCGGUGGUGGUGCAGGAUAAAAAACGCCCCAAAAAACGUCACGGCAAAAAAUCGAAAAAAUCUGAAAAACCCAAACAGGAAACUGAGGAGGAACUAUCCAACAAAUGGGCAGAAAUGGCUGGUGAAUUAUCACAACUUUUGGCCACUGAAUUGCAAAUAGCUGAAGAAGAUCAGCCCAUACCUUUCGAUUCUGCCUCGGAUGUGCCCAUCGAUGAUCAAAAGGAAGAUUGUAUGAUAAGGAUUCACAAAAUGUUACGAACUGGUAAAUUGGAUCAUGCCAUUGCAUUAAUGCGAGCUGCCAGGUAAGUUUAGCAU